UUUUUGGGGGUGGGCGGGGGGCGUUUCUCGCCGCCCCGGGUGCAGCCGGCGCCCCAGCGCCGGCCCCGGGACGUGGCCGGCCGUGGCCACGAGUUGCCGCUGCCCGCGUCUCAGGGAGGGGAGCAGGAGGCUGGAGCGGCCGCCAGCCACACGGGAAAGAAAAGCACCAGAAGCCAGGAAACUUUCACAGUCUUCGUUGAUUGGACUAGUACACAUCGAUCCCUGAAAUCAACGUAAAGCUGUUGCAACAUAUAAGCUGAUUCUGUCACUGUAAGAUGCCAUUGGAAAAUCCUUCAUUACUUCUGGAUCAAUUUUUAGAGCUUGGUGAUUGUCACUAGAUACCUUCAGUCUUCAUUUUGAGCUCAGACAUACUGCUGCUUCCCUCUUCCUCUUCCUCUUCUUCCUCCUUCUCAUCUGCUUCAUUAUACUAAGAAUUCUGAGAUUGAUGAACAGUCAUAUGGAGAAGACCUUGAACCUGUAGUUUUUUUGAGAAAUCUGUUUGAAAGUUUGGAAAAGUGCAAAAGGAGAAGUACAAAUGUCUACCACAAGACGAAAACGUAAUAUGUUAUGUUGUUUACCGUAAGCUGUAGUAAAAUGAGCUCAAUCGUUGACAGAGAUGACAGUAGUAUUUUUGAUGGGUUGGUGGAAGAAGAUGACAAGGACAAAGCAAAAAGAGUAUCUAGAAACAAAUCUGAAAAGAAACGUAGAGAUCAGUUUAAUGUUCUUAUUAAAGAACUGGGUUCCAUGCUUCCUGGUAAUGCUAGAAAGAUGGACAAAUCUACUGUUCUGCAGAAAAGCAUUGAUUUUUUACGAAAACAUAAAGAAAUAACUGCACAGUCAGAUGCUAGUGAAAUUCGACAGGACUGGAAACCUACAUUCCUUAGUAAUGAAGAGUUUACACAGUUAAUGUUAGAGGCUCUUGAUGGUUUUUUUUUAGCAAUCAUGACAGAUGGAAGUAUAAUAUAUGUAUCUGAGAGUGUAACUUCAUUACUUGAACAAUUGCCAUCUGAUCUUGUGGAUCAGAGUAUCUUUAAUUUUAUCCCUGAGGGGGAGCAUUCAGAGGUAUAUAAAAUACUCUCUACCCAUCUGCUGGAAAGUGAUUCAUUAACCCCUGAAUACUUAAAAUCAAAAAAUCAGUUAGAAUUCUGUUGUCAUAUGCUUCGAGGAACAAUAGACCCAAAGGAACCAUCUACCUAUGAAUACGUGAGAUUUAUAGGAAACUUCAAAUCUUUAAAUAGUGUAUCCACGUCAGCACAUAAUGGUUUUGAAGGAACUAUACAGCGCACACAUAGGCCUUCUUAUGAAGAUAGGAUUUGUUUUGUAGCUACUGUCAGGUUAGCUACACCUCAGUUCAUCAAGGAAAUGUGUACUGUUGAAGAACCCAAUGAAGAGUUUACAUCUAGACAUAGUUUAGAAUGGAAAUUCCUUUUUCUAGACCACAGGGCACCACCAAUAAUAGGAUAUUUGCCAUUUGAAGUUUUGGGGACAUCGGGCUAUGAUUACUAUCAUGUGGAUGACCUAGAAAACUUGGCCAAAUGUCAUGAGCACUUAAUGCAAUAUGGGAAAGGAAAAUCGUGUUAUUAUAGGUUUCUGACCAAAGGGCAACAGUGGAUUUGGCUUCAAACUCAUUACUAUAUCACUUACCAUCAGUGGAAUUCAAGACCAGAAUUUAUUGUUUGUACUCACACCGUAGUAAGUUAUGCAGAAGUUAGGGCUGAAAGACGACGAGAGCUUGGCAUUGAAGAGUCUCUUCCUGAGACAGCUGCUGACAAAAGCCAAGAUUCUGGGUCUGAUAAUCGCAUAAACACAGUGAGUCUCAAGGAAGCAUUGGAAAGGUUUGAUCACAGCCCAACCCCUUCUGCCUCUUCCCGGAGUUCAAGAAAAUCAUCUCAUACAGCAGUGUCAGACCCUUCCUCAACACCAACAAAGAUCCCAACAGAUACUAGCACUCCUCCCAGACAGCAUUUACCAGCUCAUGAAAAGAUGGCACAACGGAGGUCAUCAUUUAGCAGUCAGUCCAUAAAUUCUCAGUCUGUUGGUCCAUCAGUGACACAGCCAGUGAUGUCUCAACCUGCAAAUUUACCAAUUCCACAAGGCAUGUCCCAGUUUCAGUUUUCAGCUCAAUUAGGAGCCAUGCAACAUCUGAAAGACCAGUUGGAGCAACGAACCAGGAUGAUAGAGGCAAAUAUUCAUCGGCAGCAAGAAGAACUAAGGAAAAUUCAAGAGCAACUUCAAAUGGUCCAUGGCCAAGGGCUACAGAUGUUUUUGCAACAAUCAAACCCUGGAUUAAAUUUUGGUUCUGUUCAACUUUCUUCUGGAAAUUCAUCUAAUGUCCAGCAACUUGCACCUAUAAAUAUGCAAAGCCAGGUUGUUCCUACUAACCAGAUUCAAAGUGGAAUGAAUGCUGGACAUAUUGGCACAAGUCAGCACAUGAUUCAACAGACUUUACAAAGUACAUCAACUCAGCAAAGUCAACAAAAUGUACUGAGUGGUCACAGUCAGCAAACAUCUCUUCCAAGUCAGACACAAAGCACUCUUACAGCUCCGCUGUAUAAUACUAUGGUGAUUUCUCAGCCUGCUGCUGGAAGCAUGGUCCAGAUUCCAUCCAGUAUGUCACAGAACAGUACCCAGAGUGCCACAGUAACUACAUUCACUCAGGACAGACAGAUAAGAUUUUCUCAAGGUCAGCAACUUGUGACCAAAUUAGUGACUGCUCCUGUAGCUUGUGGGGCAGUCAUGGUACCUAGUACUAUGCUUAUGGGUCAGGUAGUGACUGCCUAUCCUACUUUCGCCACACAACAGCAGCAGGCACAGGCAUUGUCAGUAACACAGCAACAGCAACAGCAGCAGCAACAGCAGCAGCAACAGAGUUCUCAGGAGCAGCAACUUCCCUCAGUUCAGCAACCAUCUCAGGCUCAGCUGACCCAACCACCACAGCAGUUUUUACAGACUUCUAGGUUGCUCCAUGGGAAUCCUUCAACUCAGCUCAUCCUCUCUGCUGCAUUUCCACUACAACAGAGCUCCUUCCCCCAGUCACAUCACCAGCAGCAGCAGCAACAGCAGCAACUUAGUCGGCAUAGGACUGACAGCUUGACCGAUCCUUCCAAGGUUCAACCACAGUAGCACACACACUUCCUUCUUCUCUGGCAUCGAGGGAAGAAGGAGAUGGCCCAUAAAGAGUUACUCAGAUAAUUCGAGAAUAGGAGGAAAACUUCCAGCUGUUCCAUAAGAUGUAGUAUUGAGUGUUCUCAUUCCUGGAAUUUAGUUGGUAAGAAAAAUGCUGCCUAGUGCUACAGAUGUACAUUACAUACCAGCCAGCAGGAGAUAAUCCUAGAGACAUAGCCAAUUCUGACAGUGUUUCAGUCACCAGAUUUUUUUUUUGAUGGAAAAAAAAAGAGUAUAUUGCCAAAUGGAUGAAGUUCAGCUAUGAGACUGACCGUUAGUGAAUCUGAAAGGCACGGAUAAUGUUUGUACUUUUAGUGGUUCUGUGCCUGGUGUUGAGUGUUACAGAGGACUGCACCACUGCCACGUCAGGGGGUUCACUUACAGUGAUGCCAUGAAGAUAGUCCAGUAAGUAGGGCCCCCAUUUCUCUCCCUCUUCAAAUAAUGGUAGAGCAGUAAUUACUUUGAGAAUGUUGUGUAGGUUCAAAUUCUUUAUGUAUAGAUGCUGUAAAAAUAUGUAUAUGUCUGGAUGAAGGAGAGAAGCACACAUUCUGUAUGCUGCAUGAAAGCAUUAUCUCUUCUUUAUAGGUAUGAGUACAUUUCAUUAGAUUUUUACACCUGAUACAGCCUCCACUUUUCCUUUUGUUUACAGCAUAAUAGUGUUCUAUUCAUUUUUCCAGGGCAUGUCUUUGUGUUCAUACUUUGGCUGUGAUGUCAGAGUUUGUUUAGUGAGGUAUGAAGUGCUGCUGGGAAUGGAUUUUUUUUUUCAGGUUAAAUUAUUGAUACAAUAGGAUUUUCAGUUACUCAAAAAUAUCCCUCAUUUCAUUAUUUUUCAAUUAUGUUUGAAAAUAGGAUUUGCACUGCUGUAUUUUAGGUGGUUGGGAGUUUGAUCACAUAGUUCUGUGUAUUUCAUAGUGAGAAAUACAUAUGUAUAAGGUUUUUAACAAGCCUGAAAGUAAUUUCAAGAAUGUUUCAGUUAUAGGAGUAAAUUUUGCACACAAAACAUUUUAGGCACUUUUUAACAUUCUCAUUGGUGGGAAUUUUAACUUUUAGGAUUUAUUGGAAUCUUUUUAUUAUCCUUCAUAAUUUCAAUGCUUCUUUUAGUCAGAAAUGAUUCAGGGUUAUUGGGAGGGGGGGUUCCAUAGUGCCUUGAUUUGAUUCAGGUGAUAGCUCACCAUCUUGAACUCAUUGUCUGGUUUCAAUAGCAGUUUUGAAACCUUAGUCCAUUUUUAACAGCAUGUGAUGAUCAGUGUCAUUAUUCUCCUUGAUUCUUAUAGUGAUGGGAGUUUCAUUAAGUGGGAUACAAAAAGUUUAAAGAAAAGAGAAUCACCUAACACUAUCACAGUAAUAUGCUCCCAAACUUGUUUUCUAAAUUAAUAUCUUCCUUUAAAGCUAGUCAUUACCAGUAAAUAUUCUUAUAUGAAGAGGUAGAAAUGAAAUGAUGGCUCUGCCAUCAUUACAACAUGGAUACUGUAACUCACAUGCUUUUAAGUAUGAACUGAGAUUUCAUCUGCUAAUAUCAUAUUCUAAAGGUAAUAAAGUACAACACAAGUUACAUACAUUUUAAAAAGCAUUGUUUAGAUUUUUAUGGUACUAAUAAUAAAAUUUUUAAUUAUAGAGCAUUAAGAAUUAAGAUUAGUGGAAAAAUCUUAUAAGUGACUGGAAAGGGGGAAAACAAACACAAAU